AUACCCGUGUUAUAGAUGAUAUAAAAUUGUGUCGGGUUAUGAUAAAAUUGUUUUUGGUGUGUGUAUCAAGAUAUUUAUUUUAGAGUGGAUUUAAUUCACUUCUAUAAAUUGUGAUCCUCUUUGACUUUGGAAUACUACACAAAUUUGGAGCGAUUUUUUUUCAGAUGUUUCUGUUUCCUUCAAGUAUCAGACAUUGAAAUAUAAUCCGGCGCUAAGAUGUCUACGUCUUAUUCGUCACAGUCAGACCUCGUGUCCAAUUUAUCCGUUCCUGCACCAACUCAGGCCAUCAAUAGACGGAUCAUCUACGGUUUUGCUGGAGCCGCCUUUGUUAUCAUCCUUUCCCUUUCCAUUACUCUUGGUGUUGUUUCAAGUAAAGUAAAUGACAAACCUAACAUUUAUUAUGAGCAAUCCAAUAAACCACCCACCACCAAAAAAGAACAGUCCUGUCCAGCACAAACACAAUCGUGUCCACCUCAGAUACUGAUGUGUCCAGAAUCUACAAGACCAGCACCAGAGAAAACCCAAACGCCGACUUCCUGUUCGGAGCAAUACGGAUCGCACCCUACCGACCUACAAAUAGCAAAUUGUGUUUUAGAGAACUAUCCACUCAUAGACGGAUGUGUAUAUAUCAAACACAAUGACCUGGCUUAUUGGUACUAUGAAAAUGUUCAGAACAAGGUCUACACUGUGGACAUGAGACAAAACCUUCAAGAAGUGUUCCCAAACUCAACAAUCCACUCUGAUAUUCCGAGGUUACGUCAAGGAAAGUUAUCAGCCCAGUUUUGGGCUGUGUAUGUUGACUGUAAAAGUCAAUACAAGGACGCGGUCAAACUCUCCUUGGAUCAAGUAGAUACAGUUAAAAAAUUCAUUGCUAAGUACCCUGACGUCUUCAAGUUUGUCACAACUGCACAGGGUGUCCUUGAUGCUUUCAAUGAAAAGAAAUUUGCUAGUUUGAUGGGUCUGGAGGGUGGGCAUUCCAUUGAUAGCAGUCUUGGUAAUCUUCGCAUGUUUUAUGACCUUGGAAUACGGUACAUGACAGUAACUCAUAGCUGUAACACUCCAUGGGCAGACAACUGGCACAUGGACCAGACAAACAGUUCAGAAUUCAACGGUCUAUCUGAAUUUGGCAAGGUUGUUAUCAAAGAGAUGAAUCGUCUUGGAAUGCUGGUAGAUUUGUCACAUGUUGCAAAAGCUACAAUGAUUGCAAGCCUUAAUAUUUCGGAGGCUCCAGUCAUUUUUAGCCACAGUUCCGCCUUCAGUGUGUGUAAUCAUUACAGGAAUGUACAGGACGACGUCCUACAGAUGCUGAAAAAGAAUGGAGGGAUUGUAAUGGUUAAUUUCUACCCGAGCUUUGUGAAUUGUAAACCCCAUUACAAUUCCAGCGUUUUAGCCACAGUUCAACAAGUAGCAAAUCAUGUGGACCAUAUAAAAAAUCUCAUUGGUGUGGACCACGUGGGUAUUGGUGGUGACUAUGACGGGAUCCCGACAACACCAGUUGGUUUGGAAGACGUGUCUAAAUACCCUAAUCUCUUUGCCGAGCUUGUACAUAGAGGAUGGUCAACAGAAGAUCUUGAAAAAUUGGCUGGAAGAAAUCUUAUAAGAGUAUUCAAAAUGGCUGAAAAGGUUCGUGACCGGAUGUCGUAUCUUCCGCCUUAUGAAGACGUUCUUCCAGUCGCAGAGAGGAAGGGAAAUUGUUCUACGCUUAUCGAAUAGAGUGUUGGAAAAAUAAAACAGCCAUGAAAAAUGUAGAAGAAAAUCACUCCCGGCACAUCUUCAAACAACAUGCGAUUUAUGAAUAAUGUUGUUUCAUGUAACAAUAUCAUUUAUAUACGUUAUAGUUUUCCAUGGAGAUUGGAAGUUAAGAACGUUUGCAUAAGCAGUAUUUGAUAUGUAAAUAGUGUUUAUUAAAUAGAUUGACGAAUAUUAAAUUAGAAA